GAUACGCCCACUUCUUUAAUAGCUCUACACGCGUGAUUCGUGUCGGCUUGCCGCUCGCCGAACUAAAUCUAACUUAAUCGCCCUAAUCGGCACACUUUUUGCCAAUUAAUUGCACUAAAUAUAAAGUAAAAUGCCUCCUAAGUUUGAUCCGUCAGAAGUUAAGAUCGUCUACCUCAGAUGCGUAGGAGGUGAAGUUGGUGCCACAUCGUCGUUGGCCCCCAAGAUCGGUCCCCUUGGUUUGUCGCCAAAGAAGGUCGGUGACGACAUUGCCAAGGCCACCGCAGACUGGAAGGGCCUCAAGAUCACAGUCCAGUUGACCAUCCAGAACAGACAGGCUACAAUUUCUGUCGUACCUUCUGCUGCUUCCCUUAUCAUCAAGGCCCUGAAGGAGCCCCCACGUGACAGAAAGAAGGUCAAGAACGUCAAGCACAGUGGCAACCUUGCUUUUGAUGAGAUCAUUGCCAUCGCCAAGCAAAUGAGGCCAAGAUCAAUGGCCAGAAAGUUGGAAGGCACCGUAAAGGAAAUUUUGGGCAGUGCCCAGUCCGUCGGUUGCACAGUCGAGGGUAGAAAUCCCCACGACGUCAUCGACGCCAUCAAUAAUGGCGAAAUUGAAGUUCCCGAGGACUAAGUGAGUAUUUAGCCGAGAAGUUCACGGCCUGGCUUGGUUGAAUGGAAAUGUUAAAAAGAGAUGAGUGAAAUUGGAUUGAAAGAAUGAGAAAUGGUUAAAAGGCCGUGAAGCUCGGUCAUGGUCGGGGUUGGCAUCCCAUCCACUCCUGAUGCCUUGAGCAAGACUUUCGAGUUGAGGCUGAGGGAGUUUGAAAGCCACUGGGGAGAAAACCCCAAGAACAAUCCAGUCCUCGGACUGCCUAGUAAUGGAAAUCAAAAUUCUCUCGGACGACUUUAAAAUUAUUUGUAGCUUCUCAAAGAGGCAAAAAAAUUCAUUGGUUUAGCACGAUGCCUUGUUAAAAGCAGGAAAAAAUAGAAUUUUGAUUUCUGUCAGGAAUUAGCUGUCAUUUGCAGAUUCUUCAAUGGUUGAAAUUUUUGAUUGCAGAUUGUACCUCGAGGGCCAAUAAAUUUUCCAUUAAAUAA